AUGAAGAACCACUCAGGGAUAACACUAUUCAUUUUGCGGGGACUGACAGAUGACCCACAGCUGCAGGUUCUGCUUUUUAUCUUCCUGUUUCUCACCUAUAUGUUGAGUGUUACUGGGAACCUGACCAUCAUCACCCUCACUUUGGUGGAUCCCCACCUGAAAACCCCAAUGUAUUUUUUCCUUCGAAAUUUUUCUUUUUUAGAAGUUUCAUUCACAACUGCUUGUAUUCCCAGAUAUCUAUACAGCAUGUCAACUGGAGAUAAUACUGUGACCUAUAAUGCAUGUGCCACUCAAUUAUUUUUUAUUACUUUCUUUGGGGCAUCAGAACUUUUCCUUUUGUCCUCUAUGUCUUAUGACCGGUAUGUGGCCAUCUGUAAACCCCUGCAUUAUACAACCAUAAUGAGCAGUAAAGUCUGUUACCAACUCAUCCUAAGUUCUUGGUUAGCUGGAUUGUUGCUCAUCCUCCCUCCACUUAGCCUGGGCCUCCAGCUAGAAUUCUGCAGUUCUAACGUCAUUGACCAUUUUGGCUGUGAUGCAUCCCCAGUUCUGAAAAUCUCAUGUUCUGAUACAACAUUCAUAAAAAAGAUAAUUGUGAUAUUUGCUGUGUUAUUACUUAUCAUAACCCUAAUUUUAGUGGUUCUAUCUUACGGCUACAUUGUCAGGACUAUUCUGAGAUUCCCCUCUGCCCAGCAAAGGAAAAAGGCCUUCUCCACUUGUUCCUCCCAUAUGAUUGUUGUCUCCAUGACUUAUGGCACCUGCAUCUUCAUCUACAUCAAACCACCCGGGAAGGAAGAACUGGCAUUGAACAAGGUGGUGUCAGUGCUUGUGACUUCAGUUGCCCCCGUGAUGAACCCAUUCAUUUACACCCUCAGGAACAAGCAAGUUGUACAAGCCUUUAAGGACUUUGUCAAAAGGGUAACUUUUGUUGCAAAGGUAUAA